AUUCCACGUGGUGUUGUAAUAUUUUGCACGGCAGCAAGUGUUUUGGUACCGCCGCCCGCCAUGUUCUUUUAAUAUUUGUAAAAAUUCAAUCAAAUAUUUGGGGACACAUAGUGUGUCCUCAUGGAUAUUUGAGUAUUUCGGAUGAUAAACAUUUAAUGACAUCUACAGAAGAGGGCUUCGGUUCUGGCGAUGAGUUUGGAAACUUUGUUGGAAGCUGCGGAAUAUCUAGAAUGGCGUAACAAGCCAAAAACACGUGGUGAUAGUACCUCUGAGGAUCCACACGGAUAUUCAUCACGAGUUGGCAAUGAUUCUGACGAUUCUCCUGAAUCCAGCAACUCUGGAAAGUAUGCAGACGGAGAUGAAAGAGAAAAGAGGCGAGCCGGAGGGGCUGGUACAAGAGAAGUUCACAACAAAUUGGAGAAAAACAGGAGAGCUCAUUUGAAAGAAUGUUUUGAUUACUUGAAAAAGCAGAUUCCAACAUUAGAAGACAAGCGGACAUCCAAUCUUGGUAUUUUGAGAGGCUCCCUUCGUUAUAUCCAGGCUUUGAGGAGAAAAGAGAAGGAAUAUGAAUUUGAAAUGCAGCGUCUGGCAAAAGAAAAGAUAUUUCUUCAGGAAAGAUUGGCUUCUUUAAAAGGAGAAUUGUCACGUCUGAAUAUAGAAGUUGACCUUGACCAUUGGAAAGUAGAUGCAGAGGAGCAAGACUCUAAUUCUACUUCCACUGCUACAGAACAAGGCAGUCCAAUAUGUAGUGAGGAGGACAAUGAAGAACUCCCCGGAAGGGGCCCCUACAAACUAUAUACAACAGGUCAACUGAAGCGGUCGCCAACCAAAGGAACAAUUCAUUUAACCCAGCCAGCAUCAACAACUAUUUCCAGUGAUGUUGUCAGGGUUACCAACACAAUAGUCCCAGCUCAGCCCAGAGUGGCGCCACCAUCCUUUGUCAACUGUAACAAAGUGACGACAACAAUCAGUCCGAAUCCUUACAUACCAUUAAGCCAGUUUCCAGCUCGUACACCAGUGACACAAUUAUUGGCCCACACACUAAACCAAAGACAGAUGCUGCAGAGACAACAAAAAGCACAAUUAGCCACAUCUGUGACUUCAAGCAUCACUAGACCAGUGACAAAUGCCAGACCAACAUUUACCUUUACCCCUUUGAAUGCACAUAUGUCCAAUCCAAGCGCACAAUUACAGGCAAUCAGUAAAAUGGCUAAUGCUGGCCUGUCGAUACCCAUGACAACAUUCCAGGUGCAGCCUGUUGGCAAAGGAUUACCAGUCACACAGCAUCUCUUAGUGACACCCAAUCCAGCUGUAACCAGUAUGCACCAGUCCCAUGCAGUGGUAACUAGUUUUACACCUACUGUUCAAACUAAUCCGGUGACUUAUUCCGCAGUGACAGCACCUGUGAAAACAAAUGUUGUACCAACAGCUGCUGUUACAAGUGUACAGGCCACUCAGCAUGCUAAAAAUGUUACACAAAUGGCUAAUGUGAGACCAAUGUUUGCACCUCACCUAAUGGCUGGACACAUACCAUUAAAUGCAUUAUUGGCACAGACAAUUCCACGGACAUCAUUACCAUCGGUUUUAUCAACCGUAAGUUCUCCAUCUCCCGUAUUUACUACAACAUCUAAUCAAGGCUCUUCAUCACUCCAGCUUAUGUCUCUAGCUCAGAUGACACCUGGUACCCAGUUGCUGUCUCCCAUGUCCCCAGCUCUUCAGCUUGGAGCAGCAGGACUGACACAGGCCCAGUUAAGUCAGAUGUUACUGAAACAGAUUCCUAUCUUCACACCUGGAUUGUUACAAGCAGGACAAGUCCAAUCAAUGAUACCUUCAGUUGUGAAACCGCUUGUUGUUGUUUCUGUACCAAAUGUUGUUACGACGACAAAUAUUAAUACUACAACUGCAAUUACAAAACCUUCAUCUGGUUCAUAGCAGUCAUAUGAUAUAUGUUAGUGUUUUUAUUGUGAAGUAUUGUCGGUGUUUUUCUUUUUUACUGUGAAACGUUAACUUGAACCUUUUCUACCUUUAACUGAUAAAGAUUUUGCUUUCUUCGCUGAUAAAUUGUUUAUUAUUUUAUAUUUGAUAUCAUACACAUGCCAGUAUAACAGUGUAGUACUGCUCAUUCAUUUGAGAGAAAAAAACUAAAUUGGAUUGUUUUGCCUCACAGUGACUGAUAAUAUAAUGGUAUUAAAAAUGGAAAAUUAAAUGGCCUUCGAUACUGACGUUUGUAAAGUAGGUCUAAAAUAGCACAGUUGAUAAAUGAUAAAGUACCAGUAAGGGAUUUUUAUUGGACCCAAAAUAAAAAAAAAAAAAAAUAAUAUUAAAAUACUCGUCAUAAUUUUUUUUCAAUAUCUAUAUAAAAGUAGAACAAAGAAAUUUGGUUGUUUUAUAUAAACUUAGUUUGAAUAGAAAUCCUUGCAUUAUUGUUGUAAAGCCAAGCAUAACGUAAACUUUGUAUGUGCAUUGGUUUAUACUGCUAAUUAUUAGUGUUAUAGAAAUGUACUACUUGCAAUUACCCGACCAUUAUUUAUUUUUCAGCAAACUUGAUGUGCCUUUCUAUUUAUUGUAUAUGUUUAAUUUCUUAUUUUGCCAUCAAAUAUUUUUUUCACACCUUUAUCAUUACAAAUGUAUUCAUUAUUGACCUGAAGUCGUGCUUGUUGCAAGAUUUUUUCACGUGUUUAGAAAUUUUCCGUAAGUAAAAGGUAUGAACAUUUCAAUGAUAAAAGACGUGAAUAUUUUAAGUUUGACAUUCUAACUAAUUAUAGAUAUGUUCUUCCUAUUCAGGUUUGCCUAGUGAAAUUUUCAUGCAUCAUUGUGGAUCUCUUGUCAUAUAUUAUUAUAUUUAAUUGUUUGUGAUUAAAUUAAUGUUAGAACAAAAUUGGGACGUUUUGUAUGCAUCAAUAAUAUUAUAAUUGCAUUUUUAAACUGUUGAAAAAGAACAUUUUGUGUGGAAGUGGUUAUUUUAAUAAGGUUUAAAGUUUAUCUAUCUGACAGAGCAUGUGUGUGUACAAGGGUAUUGAUUGAAUGAUACUCUGAGUAAUUAUUGUGUGAUAGAGUUAUCUCCCAUUAUGAUAGAAUGAUACCAGUGUAAUUAUUGUGUGAUAGAGUUAUCUCCCAUUAUGAUAGAAUUAUGAUAGAACGAUACCAGUGUAAUUAUUGUGUGAUGAGUUAUCUCCCAUAUUGAUAGAAUGAUACCUGAGUAAUUAUUGUGUGAUAGAGUUAUCUCCCAUAUUGAGACUUAUUGUAUGAUCGAGUUAUCUCCCAUAUUGAUAGAUUUAUUGUGUGAUAGAAUUGUCUCCCAUAUUGAUAGAAUUAUAAGGUUUGAUAGAGUUAUCUCCCAUAUUGAUAGAAUUAUAACAGUGUAAUUAGUGUGAUAGUAUCUCCCAUAUUGACAGAAUGAUUUCUUGUGGGGUAGAGUUAUCUCCCAUUAUAUAUUUUAAUGUGAAAUUGUAGAACCUUUGUUUCAUCAACAUUAUUUCCAAACAAAACUGGCAUAGUAUAGUCUAUUCAAAUCUAUUUUACUGCUAAUUAAGUUCUCUAAACAUUUUAAAAUAUUUUUAAUGUGCUAUUUGAGGUUAAUUUCUAGCAUGUUUGAUUUUCAUCUUUUACUAAUGGUUUCUUUGUUUGAAAAGAAGUUUCAGUAUAAGUGGUAUACUUAUUGAUUGUAAAAACUGUUCUAAUGUUGUCACUGCAAUAAUGAUAAAAAAAAAGAUACAAUGGGUGAAAAAGAAAACUUUUUGUUUGAAGUAAAUAUGUAGUAAAGUAAAGACCUUUUGUUUGAAAUAUUGUACAUUUUAUAUUAUGUUGGCACUGCCAUCUUUGUGCUACAUUUUUGUGAAAACUAACAUUUUAAUUGAGUUAUCCGAGUCCAUUAUUUAAAUGUUGUGAAUGCCAUCACUAUUAUGUGCCAUAAACAAAUGUUCAACCAUGUUCAGUGUGAUUCAUUUCCAUGUUUUGAAAUAGGAACCCAUAAGUUUUUAUUCAGGUUAUAAAUUGAAAAGUUGCAAGAUGGUGUAUACUAUGAAGUAAUAUUUUGUCUAUUCCAAUAUAUACUGUAGGAGGUUGUUUCCUUUGACAAAAUUCCUAUUAUGUAGGAAUGGCAACGUCAAAGUUUUGAAAUAUGAUAGAUACAUUGCCCAAAUGUCCUUCUAAAAAUAAAAACCUUCUAAAUUGAAUGUGGUAUGAAGAAAUUUUGGCAAGUUUUGUUCAAUUAUAAUGUAAACUGUAAACAGUGUUGCGGCAUGGGGAUGUAUUAAGUGAAAAUCUUAACUUAUUUUAUCAACUUUGAACCAAUUGUAUACAAAGGUGGCAAAUAUUGAAACAUUGUGUGUACAUUUUCACAAGAAAUGAAAGUCUAGCUGGCAAAAUUGCAAAAGAGCCAAAAUGGAGAACAUUUGGCACAUCCACCAUCAUUUUUACCUGUAUACAGUGAAUUACAGAAUCAUUUCUGGAAAUAUAUUUGCAUUGUGGGAAAGUCAAUGUCACUGCCUGAUUGGUAUGGAAUUCAGUCAUAUUUUAAGAGGUUGGAUAUUGCUGAUUUGGUCCAAUUGUGAUAAUCUUCAAAGUCUUCUGAACUUAAAUCACAUUUUACUUUGGAAAGUUUUGAAAUUAAAUAAUUGUUUUACUGGGAGUUGGAAAAAAUUUGAUUUAUACAUUUGCUGUCCAUGAAAGAUUAAUUCACAUGUCUAAAUGAGACAAUUAUUAAAUAAGAAUGGAGAAAAUGAAAGUGUUACUGUGGAUUUUUUUUUUAUGGGUGCCAGUUUUCAUGUAUGGAGGAAAAUUAACAUUUGUAUGGAUAUUUGAUUUCACAAUUUUGCCAAAUUCUGCAUACAAGCCUAAAGAAAAGUCAUACUUCAUUUAAAUUAUGGAUGUUUGCUACUCUGGUUUUAGACUUUUUUGUCAGAUAUUCGGAAUUGUCUAGUUAUAUCCAAUGUAAUACCAAUAAAAAUUUGCCCGCCAACCCUCACUUUUCUUUGCAUAAUUUUAUUACAUAUAGUUUAAAAAGUCAUAUUUGAAAAUCUUAUAAAAUCUUUAUUAUUUUUUCAUUGUUUUUGAAAGAAAAAAAGUACCAAUGUUAAAUGUAUGAAAAAUCUAGAUAGAAUCAUUUCAAAUUUUCAAAGGCUUAUAUGUCGAAAACAAGCACAUGGACCCUUCAUUUUUUUCUGCUUUUUUAGUUCCUUUAUUCAUAUACUAUCAAUUUAUAACAGUCUUUUAAAAAGCUUGUUAUUCUGAAACAGAGUAGCAAACAUCCUUAAGUGGUUUACCAAUUAUCACCAAAUCUACAAACAUUGGUAUCCCUUGAAUGAAAAUGAAUCCACUGUAAAUUCAACAGUUCAAAGAAAUGCUUUCAAAGACUGCAAUGUCAUCAUGGGACACAGGGAAGGCACUUCCAAAUCUGAUCUAUGGGUGUGUGUCAUCUAUAUUUUUGCAUAGUGGAAAUGCAAGUGAAAUUUUAAUUUGCCUCUUUAGGUGGUAACCCCAUUUUUAAAGUGCCUUCCCUGGGUACCAUGUAUGUUUUAAUGGAACAGCCCUUAACAUAAUUGUCUUUAUAUAUCAGAUGAUGAAAAUUUGAUGAUAUUUUUAAAAACUCUAUACAGUCAUAUACAUUUUAUUAUCAUCAGGAAAAAGCAUGUUAUAUAUAUAUUUGAUACUUUUAGAAGUACACUUUGAUAUGAGCUUUGACAGAAAUCAUUUUCAUUACUCAUAUAGUAUUUUGAAAUUGUAUGGACAAAGUACAUUUACAAAUGUUUUUGUUUUCAAACUGCAAUGUGAUUCAACAUCGUUUUAAUGCAAUCUGUUGUCCAUUGGUAUCAUGGUUACAUCAGCUUCUAAGUUACUUCUAAAUCCCAUGGAUUCUUAACAAGUAAAUCACAUAUUACCUUGUAUUCAUAAACAUACAUAAACUUUAGGACCCUUCAUGAGGGUCUGGAUGGGGUUUAUAGAAUAGAGAAUAAUGAACAAAAAGUGUAGAAAUAAUGAACUGAAAAAAAAAAAGAAAAAAAAUAGGCAAAACAAAUGAAGAAUAGAGAAUAAUGGGGUGCUUAAUUAUAAAGAAUAGAAAAUAAUGGACAAAAAAUAAAAUGAAGAAUAGAGAAAAAUAGUCACAAAAUUUUUCAAAAAUGAAGACAAGAAGGACCCCCAUCCAGACCCUUAUUCGAUAAACAGCAAUGGCUUUCAUUAAUAAUUUAUGUAAUACAAUUAAAAUGCUGAAAUAUAUUUAAUUCCCAUAUUUACCACUGACAUUUAAUGAGGCCAAAAAAGAGAAGAUUUUUGGGUUUCCCUACAUGCUCCAUUUUGUAUGUCUCAAAAUGCCUACCCUAAAGUUUCAUUGGAUUUACAGCUAUUAUUGCAAGGUCCCCCUAAAGACAAAAAACUUCACACAAUAUAAAAUUAAUCCUACCUCCCUUUUACCCUAAUUUUGGAAAGGAAGAAACCAUAAACAAGCAUAUUUUGUUGGCCUCAAGACAUUUUAUAGAACUAAUAGUUAAAUAGAUGAUAACAAGAAUAUUGAUUUAAAAUUAGACCUCUUCUAAAAUAGCAGGUCCAUCAAAUGUUUGGUCAGUUUACUUGCCAAGUUUGUUAGGAUGUUUACUCAAAUAAUACAGUUUGCAUUGACAUCGAUAAAACGGGAAUAUUUUCAGUAUAAAAAAAUACAAAAAAGUACUUAGAUUUGAUUGGACGAAUGAUUUAAUCCAUGAGUCAUUUAAUUGUAGCAAUGAUCAAACUUAGUAACCCACUUGCCAUACUUUUGUUUAACAUACACUAUUAGAAUAGCUGUAAUAAAUUCAAUGCAUUUCCUGUUAUUAUGAUUAAUGGCUGUUUUCGGUUGUAUUUGCCUUAAAUGGGAUGAACCAUCAAAAUAUAUAUUGGAGCCUGGGAAGGCACUUUGAAAUUGUAUGUAUGAGUGAAUUUUUAUACUAGGGAAUAAUAAUAGACUAUUUUCAUAUAACCGACUUUUGACUCCGGAGUUUAUAUUUUUCGACAGGUUACCUACUCUGUGGUAGGACAUCCUGGAACCAAAUCAGGUAAGAGCAAAGUAAAUAAGAAAAAUCAAGCUUUCAAUCAGUACAAUUUUUGGGGAAAAGUAACUGCUUUAUAUUUUCUUUACACGACAAAAUCAUCCGAAAACAGUAAACUUUCCCCUCAAAUUACACUGAUUAUGUUUGAUUUUACUUAUUUUGGUUGCUCUCACUUGACUGAGUACCAGGAAGUCCUACCUCAGAAAAAGUAACCUGUCGAAAAAUUAUAUAAUCCGGAGUCAAAGUCGGUAAUAUGAAAAUUGUCGAUUGCGUGCUCCUUAAUUUUAAGAAUGCCUGAAUGAAAGACCAUGCAUUGUUAAAAUGGAGCAGUCCUUGAAGGUAUCCCACAGUACAAAUAAAACCAUAUUUGUAGAUGCAUUGUGGGUAGUUAGUUAUCCUGCAUACCUGUGAUUUUUAAACCUUGAUAUUAAUUAUAUAAUCUCAUUCGAAUCAAACCAUUAAAAGUGCUUUUUGUCAUGGUACAAUUUGCUCUACAAAAUACUCAUCUUUAUAAGGAAGUUUGUUCAAUUAAAAUUCUUUGAUUUAUAAUUAUUUAGUAAUCAAACUUCUUACACUUAAAGUGUCUCCAAGUCAAACUAAACUAAAACUUAACUAAAAAAAAAAGGCAUAAUCAUGUUGAUACUUAAAAGCAUAGUUUGUUGAUAAUUUUAAGUUUUUAUAAAUUUCACAUUAAAAUUAGUACAUUUAAGUAUUGGUCAAAAAUUUUCUUGAACAUUUAAGGACAUUGAAUAAUAUUCAUAUUGUACUAGAAUCAAAAUACUGGUAUAAUUUUAAAAAAAGAAAAUACAUGGCUAAACUAACCUGACCGAAAUACUGGAAUAUUUGACCGUGGAUAGGUUCCAAUACACAUUAUGUAACUUAUCAUGCAUCAUCAAACCCAUUCUCCUGCCAGGGGAGAUAACUGGCUUCAAAUUAUAAAAUUUGAUUCCGGAUUAUCAUCCAUUAAGUAAGAUUUCAGAACAGACUGUUUCAGCAAGACACUCUAUUUGAACUGACUUAAAUAUACUUGUUUAAUAAUAUUUUGUGGAGCAAAUUAUACUAUAGUUGUUGUUGUUAUGAUAAUUUGUUGAUCAUUUUGUAAACAUGUAAAUAAAGAAUAUGUAGAACA